AUGAUCCAGAAGCUGAUUGACGCUGGUGAUCUCAAGCAAUACAUACAGAAGGAAGGAACUGAAGAGAUGGCUAAGCGAAGCAAGCAAGUCCAACUCCCCGAAGGAAAUCGAAGCAUCAACAUCAUCUCAUGUUCCGAAGCUACUGGACCAUCUUUGACCACCCAGAUAGUAAAAAGGAUAAGAAAACAAUUCGAGGAUUAUUGCGAGCUGUAUAAUAUCGAUGGGGUAGAAGUGGACGAACGUGAGCAGUGGAUGAACGCACCUAUGACUUUCGAUGCCGAAGAUAUCGAGGAAGACAUGGAAGACCACAACGAUCCCUUGGUCCUUACAUUACCUGUGGCGGGAUGCAAUAUCACGAAGAUCCUCAUCGACGGAGGGAGUUCGGUUAAUGUUUUUUUCUACGACACAUUCAACCGGAUGGAGUUGAACGACGAGCAACUGAUUUCUUCUUAUUACACCAUCUAUGGAUUCAAUGGGGCACCGACAAAACCCUUAGGAGAUAUUGUUUUACAAGUGAAUGCGGGACCUAUGAAGGUUGCUACUCGAUUCAGUGUACUGGACGCUUCUUCCCCCUACAACACCAUCAUCGGUCAAAGAUGGGUGCAUAAGCUCAAAGGAGUAGCAGCGACCUAUUAUCAGUACCUUAAAUUUCCAACACCCGAAGGGGUAAUGGAAAUAAAGGGAGAUCAGGUCACUGCUCGAGAAUGCCAGGCUAUACAAAACCAACUCAAUAACGAACAAGAUGAGUAG